AUCUCCAUUAGAGAGAUACCAACGCCCAUGGUUCUUCUCAGACCGGCCAUAAAAAGCGGAUGAACUGCUCCAUACGAGGAAUUGUAAAGCAUUGAAACUGUGCCAAGCUUCUUUUGACUCGUUACCAUUCACAUCGCCAACCAUGGCUCCAUCUGCUGUCAGUUUCCCUCCUGUGAACCAAUUCACAGCAGCCCCCGAAGCGUACUAUUCGUCUGGCUUGCGUGCGCGUUUCCUCCUGGAUGCGGACCGGUCCGCAGCGAAAACCGAAGGCUCAGCAACCUAUGCCAAAAUCGGGUAUGAAGUCGAUGAAAUAGCCUAUAGGAAGCGCGUCCAGGCGAGCCUCGCAGCGGGAAACUUGCCAACCGAAGUGCCUGCGGGUUGGCCCACACAGAUGUCUGGCCCCUUAGUUUGGGACAAAGGGGAUUUCCAAGGCGAAGCUGAAUAUGUAUAUUACUUGACUGACAAGGACAAGCUUGAGAUAUCCAACGCUCUGGAAACCUUCAAAGAUUUUGGCCUUGGUGGCCACGAAGUCUCACAGGCAACGUUUCCCCUUCCCUCGCUCGGCAAAAAACUCACGAACGUACGUAACGAUGUGUAUGGGGGCCGUGGAUUUGCGAUUGUGCGUGGGUUAGACCCAGAUGCGUACACUAUGGAGGAUCUCACGGUGGUGUAUCUGGGAAUAUCGAGCUACAUCGGCGAGCGGCGUGGGAAGCAGGAUCAACGUGGUUCAAUGCUGAUGCAUGUCAUUAAGCGCGGCGACCAAGAUCGGGACGUCCAGUAUAGCGAGGAUAAGCCAUUCCACACUGACACUGUCACCGACUGUCUGUGCUUGUUCACCCGAAGUCUGUCUGAAAAGGGUGGCCGAAGUAUUCUUGCAUCCGCCUGGACCGUGUACAAUGAGAUUGCAGCAACUCGACCGGAUAUAAUCCAUGUUUUAGCAGAGUCUAACUGGCCGUUUGACACUUUUGGUCGCAACCCUCCGUACUAUACGCGCCCAGUGCUUUUUUACCACGACGAUAAGCUCAUCACGUCUUUCUCGCGCCGGUUGUUGGUCGGGCAUGUGCCAUUCGACAAGCGCAGUCCCGGGAUUCCUGGGCUCACCGAGGCGCAGGCUGAGGCCCUAGAUAUGAUCCACUUUGUCGCGCGCAAGCACGAAAUAAACCCUCGAAUAGAACGUGGUGAUCUCCGAUUCAUCAAUAACAUGGCCGUGUUGCACCGCCGCGAGGCCUUCGAGAAUAGCGCUGGGAAUGCGCGGCACCUCAUCCGAGUCUGGCUAAAUAACGAGCACAUGUGCUGGAAGCUGCCCCGGGCCCUACAGCUCUCAUGGGCGCGCAUCUUCGAGGACAGUGAGCGCGAGGAGCACUGGGACCUCGAGCCUCCGCGCAAAGAUGGCAAGAUCUUGAGAGUUGCGGGAUCGUGCGAUUGAGUAUGCCAUUGCUCUUGUCCGCGUCGCGCAGAAGCUGGCCACGGCAGACCAGCAGGGAUUGGAAGGGGAGAGACUGAGAGAGGAUGGUGAGACUGAAAGUGGAAUGAGGGUCUGGGCCUCGGGGACGGAAGGUGCGAGUGGACCGGGACUGAAGAAGAGCGAAGGGGGGAAAGUUGACGGGAUGACUGACUAGAAAAUUUAUCCGCGCCUUUGUUGCGUUGACUUGCCGUCACCAAAAGUUAUCUUUUAUUUUAAAUUUCUCUCCGUCUUUCUUCUUCUACAGGGUGGCACGUGUGCUUGUCAUGAUCAUCAUUGUCAUUCAUAAGUGCUUUCUAUCGAUUUAAAAUAAAUGAUCCUGUAACGCCCCAG